AUGCUACAAAAUUUAAUACUUUUCUUCCUUGGAUUGGUGGUUCAAAAUUUCUGCUCUCCACCAGAAACUGCAGAGCAGACGAAAAGAUGUGAUAAGAAGUCUCUGCUUAUAAUGAGGACUGAGUGCCAAUCCUGCUCACUCAACUUUGGAAUCAAGUGCCCAGAUGGUUACACCAAGGUCACCAAUGGCUCCAUGGGGGUUCGAGACUGCAGGUAUACCUUUGAGGUCAGAACGUACUCGCUGUCUCUCCCCGGAUGUCGCCACAUCUGUAGGAAGACCUAUCUCCAGCCUCAGUGCUGUCCAGGCCACUGGGGCCCAGAUUGCAUGGAGUGCCCAGGAGGAGCGAGUUCCCCCUGCAGCGGCAGAGGCAGUUGUGCAGAAGGCAUGGGAGGAAAUGGAAGCUGCUCAUGCCAAAAAGGGUUUGGUGGAACAGCCUGUGAAACCUGUGCUGAUGACAAUUUAUUUGGACCCAACUGCUCAGCAGUGUGCAGCUGCGUGCAUGGAGUAUGCAUCAGUGGGAUAGCCGGCAAUGGAACUUGUGAGUGCCACUCUGCCUACACGGGCCCCAACUGUGACAAGCCCAUCCCUGAAUGUGCAGCUUUGCUCUGCCCACAAAAUUCCAGAUGUUCCCCUUCCAGUGAAGAUGAAACAAAACUGGAAUGCAAGUGCCUUCCCAGUUACAAAGGCAAUGGCCAAUUCUGCGAGCCCAUCAAUCCAUGCUUACAAAACAUCUGCCACCCUCAUGCUCGUUGCACAUACCUGGGACCAAAUCGGCACAGUUGCACAUGCCAAGAAGGCUACCACGGGGAUGGCCAUGUGUGCUUACCAGUCGACCCCUGCCAAACUAACUUUGGACACUGCCCUACGAAGUCUACAGUGUGCAUAUAUGAUGGGCCUGGACAGUCUCACUGUGAGUGUAAGAAACAUUACCACAACUUCGAACCUGGAGUGGGGUGCAGUGUGACCGAUAUCUGCGCAUCUAAUAACCCCUGUCAUAGGAAUGCAAACUGCACCACCAUCGCACCGGGCCAAACCAAAUGCACAUGCCAGAAAGGUUACGUGGGCGAUGGCUCAAUGUGUUAUGGAAACAUCAUGGAGCGACUCAGAGAAUUGAACACUGAACCCAGAGGAAAAUGGCAAGGAAGGCUGACUUCUUUCAUCUCGCUCCUGGACAAAGCCUAUGCCUGGCCGCUAAGUAAUCUGGGACCGUUCACGGUGCUGUUGCCGACAGACAAAGGCCUGAAAGGACUCAAUGUAAAAGAGCUUUUGAUGGAUAACGAGGCUACUCAGUACUUCGUGAAACUCCACAUAAUUGCCGGGCAGAUGAACACUGAGCAAAUGAAUAACACAGACACAUUCUAUACCCUGUCUGGAAGGUCAGGGGAAAUCUUCAACGAUGAUAAGGACAAUCAACUAACGCUUAAACUCUACGGAAGCAAAAAGAAUGUAAAAAUCAUACAGGGGAACAUAAUUGCUUCCAAUGGGCUCCUGCAUAUCCUCGACAGAGCCAUGGACAAGAUGGCGCCCACAUUUGAGAGCAACUCUGAGCAAACCAUAAUGACAAUGCUACAGCCAAGAUACAGCAAGUUCAGGUCUUUGUUAGAGAAAACCAAUGUGGGACAUGCCUUAGAUAAGGAUGGAGUUGGUGGACCAUACACCAUUUUUGUUCCAAGUAAUGAAGCACUGAAUAACAUGAAGGACGGCACUCUCGAUUACCUUCUUUCUCCAGAGGGAUCUUGGAAGCUUCUAGAACUCAUCAGAUACCACAUUGUCCCAUUUACCCAGCUUGAAGUGGCCUCCCUCAUUUCGACCCCUCACAUUAGGAGCAUGGCCAACCAGAUCAUCCAGUUUAAAACAACCGAAAAUGGACAGAUUCUGGCAAACGAUGUGGCGAUGGAAGAAAUUGAGGUCACUGCCAAGAACGGCCGAAUCUACACACUGACUGGAGUUCUAAUUCCUCCCUCCAUCGUCCCAAUUCUGCCCCACCGAUGCGAUGAAACAAAGAGAGAGAUAAAACUGGGCACUUGUGUAAGCUGUUCUCUGGUGCACUGGAGCAAAUGUCCUGCUAACUCCGAGCCCACAGCACUUUUCACACACAGAUGCGUCUACACCGGCAAAACAAGGAGCCUGAAGAGUGGCUGUGCCAAAUACUGCAAUGCCACUGUGAAGGUACCAAAGUGCUGCAAAGGCUUCUAUGGGUCUGACUGCAACCAGUGUCCAGGAGGCUUCUCGAACCCGUGCUCGGGAAAUGGACAGUGCGCAGAUGGCCUUGGUGGCAAUGGGACGUGCAUCUGCCAGGAUGGCUUCCAAGGCUCCCAGUGUCAGUUCUGUUCGGAUCCCAAUAAAUAUGGACCUCGGUGUGACAAAAAAUGUCUCUGCAUUUAUGGAACAUGUGAUAACAGGAUUGACGGUGAUGGAGCCUGCCUCGCUGGCACAUGCAGAGACGGCUCCACUGGGAGAUUCUGCCACAAGCAGACCUCAGCCUGUGGGCCCUAUGUGCAGUUCUGUCACAUCCAUGCCACUUGUGAAUACAGCAAUGGGACAGCGAGCUGUGUUUGCAAAGCUGGAUAUGAAGGGGACGGAAGCCUCUGCUCGGAGUCAGACCCUUGCUCGGGAUUAACCCCUGGGGGCUGCAGCCGCAACAAUGAGUGUGAGUGCAAGGAAGGAUUUCGAGGCAAUGGGAUUGACUGUGAACCAAUAACUUCAUGCUUAGAACAAACUGAGAAAUGUCAUCCACUGGCAACUUGUCAGUUUACUUCUUCUGGCAUCUGGAGCUGUGUCUGUCAAGAGGGCUAUGAAGGAGACGGCUUUCUGUGCUAUGGCAAUGCAGCAGUGGAAUUGUCAUUUCUCUCCGCGGCAGCUCUAUUUAACCAGUGGAUAAAUAACGCUUCUCUGCAACCCAUACUGUCCGCCGCCUCAAACCUCACUGUCCUGGUGCCUUCUCAACAAGCUAUUGAGGACAUGGACCAAGAUGAGAAAGCCUUUUGGUUGUCCAAGAGCAAUAUUCCCACCCUAAUAAAAUAUCACACGCUACGAGGCACCUACGGAGUGGCAGACCUACAGACUCUGUCAUCUUCUGAUGUGCUGGCAACAUCUUUGCAGGGCAACUUUCUUCGCCUGGCAAAAAAAGAUGGGAACAUCACAAUCGAAGGAGCAUCCAUCGUUGAUGGUGACAACGCGGCCACAAAUGGAGUGAUACACAUCAUCAACAAGGUUCUGGUUCCCCAAAGAGGUCUAACUGGCUCCUUACCAAACCUGCUCACCCGGCUGGACCAGAUGCCCGACUACUCCAUCUUCCGGGGCUACAUCAUUCAAUUUAACCUGGCGAAUGCAAUCGAAGCUGCUGAUGCUUACACAGUGUUUGCUCCAAACAAUGACGCCAUUGAGAAUUACAUCCGGGAAAAGAAGGUCACAACUCUAGAGGAGGACAUACUCAGGUAUCACGUGGUCUUGGAGGAGAAACUACUGAAGAAUGACCUGCAUAACGGCAUGCACCGAGAGACCAUGCUGGGUGUCUCCUACCUCCUCAGCUUCUUUCUCCAUGGUGACCAGCUCUAUGUAAAUGAAGCUCCGAUAAACUACACCAAUGUAGCCACUGACAAGGGAGUGAUCCAUGGCUUGGGGAAGGUUCUGGAAAUUCAGAAGAAUAGAUGCGAUAAUAGCAACACUACUAUUGUACGAGGCAAGUGUGGGAAGUGUCCCCAGCAGCCGAUCUGCCCAUUUGGAAGUAAACCUCUAGGCGAAGAGACGAUGAAAUGUAUCUAUACCAUUUAUUUCAUGGGCAAGCGGUCCGUGUUCAUAGGGUGCCGGGUGAAAUGCGUGAAAACUGUCAUCACGAGAGAGUGCUGUGCGGGCUUCUUUGGCCCGCAGUGCCAGCCCUGCCCAGGGAAAGCCCAGAACGUCUGCUUUGGGAACGGGAUCUGCUUGGACGGAGUGAACGGCACGGGCGUGUGCGAGUGCGGGGAGGGCUUCAGCGGGACAGCCUGCGAGACGUGCGUGGAGGGCAAGUACGGAAUUCACUGCGACCAAGAGUGUUCUUGUGUUCAUGGGAGAUGCAACCAAGGACCCUCGGGUGACGGCUCCUGCGAAUGUGACGUUGGCUGGCGAGGAGUGAAAUGUGACAGAGAGAUCACAAAAGAUAACUGCAAUGGGACAUGCCACACCAGUGCCAACUGCCUCCUCAACCCAGAUGGCACAGCCUUGUGCAAAUGUGCAGCGGGAUUCCAAGGGAACGGGACCAUCUGCACAGCAAUCAAUCCCUGCGAAAUCAGCAACGGAGGUUGCUCUGCCAAGGCCGACUGUAAAAGAACCAUGCCAGGAAGCCGAACGUGUGUGUGCAAGGCAGGCUAUACUGGAGAUGGCAUCGUGUGCAUAGAGAUCAACCCGUGUCUGGAGAACCACGGUGGCUGUGACAAGAAUGCAGAGUGCACGCAGACCGGACCCAACCAGGCCGUCUGUAACUGUUUGCCGAAGUACACCGGAGACGGGAAAGACUGCUCGCUCAUCAAUACCUGCUUAACUAAAAACGGUGGCUGUAGCGAAUUUGCUAUCUGCAAUCACACUGGACAAGAAGAAAGGACCUGCACUUGCAAGCCGAACUACAUUGGGGACGGGUUUACCUGCCGUGGCAACAUCCACCAGGAGCUCCCCAAGAACCCAAAAACUUCUCAGUAUUUCUUCCAGUUGCUGGAACAUUCUGUACGGGACCUGGUUGGUUCAGGCCCCUUCACCGUUUUUGCACCUUUAUCUACAGCCUUUGAUGAGGAACCCCGGAUUAAAGACUGGGACAAACAGGGCCUAAUGCCCCAGGUUCUUCGGUAUCAUGUGAUUGCCUGCCACCAGCUGCUCCUGGAAAACCUGAAAUCGACCCCAAAUGCCACUUCGCUCCAAGGGGAGUCAAUCGUCAUCUCCGUCUCUCAGGACACUGUGUAUAUAAAUAAUAAAGCUAAGAUCAUAUCCAGUGAUAUCAUCAGUACCAAUGGAAUCAUCCAUAUCAUAGACAAAGUGCUGUCACCUCAAAACAUGCUUAUCACCCCUCAAGAUGCCUCCGGAAGGAUUCUGCAAAACCUUACGACAGUGGCAAUAAACCAUGGCUACAUCAAAUUUAACAACUUAAUACAGGGUGCGGGCUUGCUGAGCAUCAUCUCUGAUCCUAUCCACACCCCCGUCACCCUCUUCUGGCCCACUGACCAAGCCCUCCAAGCCCUACCCGCUGAACAACGGGAUUUCCUGUUCAACCAAGAUAACAAGGACAAGCUGAAGGAGUAUUUGAAGUUCCACGUGAUCCGGGAUGCCAAGGUUUCAGCGGCGGAUCUCCCUAGAUCUACUGCCUGGAAAACCCUGCAAGGUUCAGAGCUGAGUGUGAAGUGCGGAGCUGGCAGUGACAUUGGCGAGCUCUUCCUGAACGACCAAACAUGCAGAAUUGUACAGCGGGAGCUCUUGUUUGACCUGGGUGUGGCCUAUGGCAUUGACUGUCUACUGAUUGAUCCCACCCUGGGAGGCCGCUGUGACACUUUUGCCACAUUCAAUGUCUCGGGGGAUUGUGGGAGCUGUGUCUAUACUCCCAGCUGCCCAAGGUGGACGAAACCAAAGGGUGUGAAGCAGAAGUGUCUGUACAACCUGCCCUUCAAGAGGAACCUGGAAGGCUGCCGGCAGCAGUGUGCCCUGGUGAUACAGCUCUCCAGGUGCUGCAAGGGCUACUUCGGGAGAGACUGUCAGGCCUGCCCCGGAGGACCGGACACCCCAUGUAAUAACCGGGGUGUCUGCCUCGAUCAGUACUCGGCCACUGGAGAAUGUAAAUGCAACACCGGCUUCAAUGGGACGGCGUGUGAGCUGUGCUGGCCAGGGAGAUUUGGGCCUGACUGUCAGCCCUGUAGCUGCUCAGACCACGGACAGUGUGAUGAAGGGAUCACAGGCUCCGGGCAGUGCCUCUGUGAAGCAGGAUGGACAGGCCGCUUCUGUGACACUCGGGCAGUUCUGCCCCCAGUGUGCACACCUCCUUGUUCUGCUCACGCCACCUGUAAGGAGAACAACACGUGUGAGUGUAACCUGAAUUACGAAGGAGAUGGACUAACGUGCACAGUUGUGGAUUUCUGCAAACAGAACAACGGGGGCUGUGCCAAGGUCGCCAAGUGCUCCCAGAAGGGCACAAAGGUGUCCUGCAGCUGCUCGAAGGGGUACCAAGGGGAUGGCCACAGCUGCACAGAGAUAGACCCCUGUGCGGACGGCCUCAACGGCGGGUGUCAUGAGCAUGCCACCUGCAAGAUGACCGGCCCGGGCAAGAAGAAGUGCGAAUGUAAAAGUCAUUACGUGGGGGACGGGCUGGACUGCGAGCCAGAGCAGCUGCCCAUUGACCGCUGCUUACAAGACAACGGGCAGUGCCACGCCGAUGCCAGCUGUGCCGACCUGCAUUUCCAGGAUUCCACCGUUGGCGUGUUCCAUCUUCGCUCUCCACUGGGCCAGUACAAGCUGACCUUUGACAAAGCCAAAGAGGCCUGUGCCAACGAAGCUGCAACCAUGGCAACCUACAACCAGCUGUCCUAUGCUCAGAAGGCCAAGUACCACCUCUGUUCGGCAGGCUGGCUUGAGAGUGGGCGGGUCGCCUACCCCACAGCCUAUGCCUCCCAGAACUGUGGCUCCGGCGUCGUUGGGAUAGUGGACUAUGGACCAAGAAACAAUAAGAGUGAAAUGUGGGAUGUCUUCUGCUACCGGAUGAAAGAUGUGAACUGCACCUGUAAGGUGGGCUACGUGGGAGAUGGCUUCUCGUGCAGUGGGAAUCUGUUGCAGGUCCUGAUGUCCUUCCCCUCACUCACAAACUUCCUGAUGGGAGUGCUGGCCUAUUCCAACAGCUCAGCCAGAGGCCGGGCGUUUCUGAAACACCUGACUGACCUGUCAACUCGCAGCACCCUCUUCGUGCCACAGAACAGCGGGCUGGGGGAAAAUGAGACGCUGUCUGGGCGGGACAUCGAGCACCACUUCGCCAAUGUCAGCAUCUUUUUUUACAAUGACCUUGUCAACGGUACCAUCCUGCAAACUAGGCUGGGAAGCCAGCUGCUCAUCACCUCCAGCCAGGAUCAGGGCCAACUGGAGACCAGGUUUGUCGAUGGAAGAGCCAUUCUGCAGUGGGACAUCUUUGCUUCCAAUGGGAUCAUUCAUGUCAUUUCCAGGCCUCUAAAAGCACCUCCUGCCCCAGUGACUGCAGUCCACACUGGCUUGGGGACAGGGAUAUUCUUUGCCAUCACCCUGGUCAUUGGUGCCAUCGCUUUGGCUGCGUAUUCUUACUUCCGACUCCACCGGAGAACGACUGGCUUCCAGCGUUUUGAGUCAGAAGAGGAUAUUGACGUCACAGCUCUUGGCAAGCGCCAGCCUGAGAACGUCUCAAACCCUAUGUAUGAAAGCGCCACCUCGGCUCCCCCAGAACCUUCCUACGACCCCUUCACGGUCUCUGAAGAGCAGCAGCUGGAGAGUGGUGACCCUCUGGGGGUGCAGUGAGGGCAACGGACCUGCAAUGGCCGGCCAUCACCCACAGCCACCUGGGCCAGCCGAGCCCUCAGAAAGGCUGUCAACUGUGAAUCCUUAGCGCCAGUGCCUUUUGGGAACCUAAGGUCUUUUAACAUUUGGAAGUAUGAAGCAUCUGAGCUGUACCGCAUCUCUCUGGUUAAUCUGGAGGACUCAUUUCUGUGACUGAGGGACCGUGUCAAAUGCACCCACCCACUCAGGGGACUUCUCCUUCCUCUGUUUGCUGUCCUUCCUAUGUACCUUUAGAUGGCACUUACUGCAUUCUCCCCAACUCGAUAGUAACUGUGACCUUGUCUUAUUUUCCUGUUAGAUCACAAGCUCCCCGAGGCAGGGUCUCACCUCAUUCGUCUUGUGUCUCAGCACUUAGCACCAUGUCUGACACAUGAAAUGUACUCAAUAAAUGUUUAAGGAACGGAAAGUCAGUGGAAUAAAUCUACUGUUCUGGGAAACAAAAAUACCAUGCGUCCCAGGAGGGGUUAAACUUUGAAGAUAAAAUCCACUUUUUAGAACUAAUAAUCAGAGCCUU